AUGGACUAUGUCACCCGAGGGGUUUGUGGCCAAGAGUCAUGCCGUGAGCGAAGAUACUAUGUCGACAAUGGCCUCUGGUUCUGUCGUCGCGGACAUUUGCAAGAGGGGCGGCAAAUUGAAGAAGACGCAGAUGAUUUCGGAAAACUGGGUAGAAUCAACCGAGUGAAGAGGGAGAAGGAGGAAAAAUCGAGAAAGACUGCUCGUGGUCGAAAGGCACAAACCCUGCUCCUGCAAGCUUAUCAGAUAAUCCUGUGGAAACAAUGCUAUGCUCUGGUCCACGAACAUGGGUUCCCAGAGCAGUUUGAGGGUAUUGUUCAUGAUCUCUGGGCUCUCAAGCUCCAGGACUACGCUUUGAAGAUCACCGAGUCUACAGAAGACGAGGAUAUUGAUAGUGAACCCGAGAUUUUCAGCUCACAGGCCUCGCAGAAAGACGACGAUGAAUCGAGCGCCACCAUUAGGCCCACGUAUCAUAUUUGGCCUCGCAUGCCCGAGACUGUGGCUCUGUGUUAUCUAGCAGCACUUAUUAUGCAGCUUCCAUUCUGUGUUGCUGACUUUCACAAAUUGAUUUUACGCCAGGAUAUUCCUUAUAUCCGAGCGUUAAAGGUUGUACCUCGGGAGAUCAAGAAGCAGCUUCCUCCAGAGUUUACUGAGAUUCUUACUGUUAAUAAAAUACCAAAAGUGGAGGCUUUGCAUCGAACGAUCAGAGAUAUAGCGCUUCGCUACCAACGCAAGUUUGGAAUGGAGCUACCUCCCAUUAACUCCCCUAUCAUCUUUCAUCGGCACAUCAAAAGAUUGGCUGUUCCAAUUGAUGUGUAUGAGAUGACCAAGGUGAUACAAAGGCUCCUUGGUUUCACUUUCGAAUACCCAGAGUACCUCAACGACGACAAGCGUAUAGAAUCGCUUCAGCUGCCUGAGAUCCAGAUGGUUGUCCUAAUUGUCAUAGCCACCAAAUUGCUUUUCCCGUUUGAUAAUAUACCAAGGAAUCCGGUCACAGCCAUGGAGCCCACCGCUCAGGGCAUCGACUGGCAGGAAUGGGUGCGAGCUCAGCAGCAGUAUGAAUCCCAAAAACAUUCCGAGGGGAGGAUUGGGGUAGAAAAAGCUAUCCAAGUGUCCGCAUCGGAUGUAUCAAGGAUGGAACCUCACCAGUUAGAUCAGUACAUGGACUGGUACGAGAAAGACUGGUUGGAUACCACGAAGGACCCCAACGUGGUUGCCGACAUGUUCCCCGUAUCGGAAACACAGACAGAGACAGAGACUCCUUCAAGGCAUGAUCUCGGUGCAGAGCAGUCUGCUUAUACUGAUAACGAGGAAAAAGAGCUUGACGAUCUUCUACGAAGAUCCAUGGAAGGUAUGCUCUCAGUACCCAUUGUUCCAGACCAAGAGGGGGAGAUAGUUGCCAGACCAGGCAUAUGGUACCGUCGAUACCGAUGGGUGUCAGCGCUUCCCGAAGAAGCACGCUCCUUUUAUGAGGUAGCGGCUAAACUAGCAGCCGUCUCAUUACAUACGCUUGUCCGAGCGGUAUCAGCUGCUGAAUGGCGGCUUGGGCAUGGGCAGGAGCACCAGGGGUGCUCAGAGUAUACAGGAUAUGGAUCAGAAUCCUACAGUGAAGAGAGAUCGGAAUCCGAGAGUGAAGAGGAGUCAAAUUCUGAGGAAGAGCUACAUGGAAGUAGCGGGGAAGAGAUGGAUGAACUAGAUGAUUUAGAUGAACUAGAUGAACAGCUAAUGGGGCUGGAUGUUGGGGGUGAGUAA